AUGUAUGUUUGCUACAGACUAUACUUCCGCGGCGACCGAUAUAAUCACCGAUUUGGACACCUAGGACAUUCCGCUAGAUUACCGGACCUGGACAGUCCUAUUCUACCAUACCAUACGAGUGCCGAUGACGUGUACCUUGGUUAUUUGCCGUUAGCGCACGUACAGGAGAUGUCGGCGGAAAUGUUUUUCAUAUCGAUCGGCAUGACUGUGGGCUACGGAUCGCCACUGACUUUGACCAAUAAGUCUACGGGCGUUAAGGCGGGCGUAAAGGGCGACGUGACGUGCCUUAGGCCGACCGUUAUGCUUGCGGUGCCCCUAAUUCUGGAUCGACUGGGGAAAGGGAUUAGGGAACAGGUGGCUACCGGUUCAUUUGUUGCGAGGGCAUUAUUUAAGUUUGCCAUUGACUAUAAAACGCGCUAUAAUAAACUUGGCUACACUACCGUGAGUAGCAUG